GAAAAAUCGGAAUAUUUAUCUAUAUAUUCUAAGUUAAAACGCGUAAGUGCAACAAAAUGUUCAUAUCUUUGUAUAUACUUGGAAAACGGCAAAAUGGAGCUGGUGAAGAACAAUGGAGGAUAUUUCCUCUUUUGUUGUGUGCUUUUGCAUGUUAUUGUAGUCGGAUGUGAGAGUCUAGAAGCACCACUACAAAAGAAAACUUGCACCUAUGUCAUCACAAUACAAACCACAUGUACAUGGGGAGGUGAAACCUCAAACCAUGUGAGCCUAAGAUUUGGAGACACAAACUCAAGUGAAAUAUUGGUUAGACACCUAAACUCCAAGCAUCUAAGACAAGUUGACCCAUUGGAGCCUGAUGUUCUUGAUGACAUCCCAAGAAAACCAUUUCAAGCGUGCAUGGUCGAUCAAUUUGUCGUCACGGCGCCAUGUGUUGAGUCUCCCAUCUGUUACUUGUACCUCAAGUUAGUCGGGAAUGACGAUUGGCGGCCAGGAUUUGCACAGGUUGAUGUGCUUGAGGGCUCUCACCUUAGCUCCAAUAAUUUCUAUUUUAGAAGGUAUCUGCCUAGGCUAGUUUGGCAUGGUUCAGAUGCAUGUGAUAGUGAGGUUACUCCUUUUGGCUUCAAGAAGAAGAGAAAGGUUCAUGUUGAGAAUCCAUGAGUGGUGUAAGAUUAUGUACAACUUUCUAUUUUAUAGUGUUUCUCAUGUAAAUGUAUUUAUCUUCUUGAAAUGUAAGUUGUUGAAUACUAAUGUCUCUUAAGUAAGAGAUCGCUAUCAAAAAUGAUGGUUGCAUCUAUACUUAUGGGCUUGAAAUUCUUGUACAUAUUAUGAAUAUAUGUUAACGACUUUUAAAGGUUAACGAAAUUUGGAUGUUUCCAUAU